GAAUAAUUCUAGCGGGGGUAGACUGGUGCGUAUCGACCGAGCAAAAACAUUUUCAUAUUGUCAAUUAAUAUAUUUUUGGAACUAUCGGAGGUAUAGUAAAUUCAUUAGUAUAUCAUUUAAAUUAUUAUAAGAUCGUGUUUCUUUUUUUGUUCGAGGAUCAUCAGGUUUCAUCUUUGUACGGUGAGCAAUCCUUAUUAUUUCGUGGCCAUUUUGCUAUCCGUUGAUAAAUGCUUAGCAUUUUCGUACCGACAGGUGAACCACGAAUUAGUUGCAGUGUAUAAAAUUCAAGUGCGUAUUCUCUUGUCCGCUUUAUAUUAUUCUCUCUUGAGAAUUGAAUUUUCAAUAUGAGGGAUAGAAAUCAUUACAAAUGUUCAAUCCUGAGAAAAUUUGAUGACCGUAUUUUCUACAUGGGGCGUAAAGACCUCAUCCUUCCUAUUUGUACAAAAGAAAAUGGAGAUAUCGCCUGGAUUGUUGGAAGUUAUGGAUAUUGUAGAUGAUAAAGAUGUAAUUGAAUUGAUCAAACAUGCUGUUGCAGAAGAGAUUAUAUUUAAGCCUGAUUCCACUGAUAAUUCAGAGACAGAAAUAGAAGAAAUUAUAGAAAUAAUUGAAGAAAUAGAUGAAUCAGAAGACUUAUUACCAGAUUAUUCUAAAACUGGAGAAUUAGUUAAGGAAAUUAAAAUGUCUGAUAAUAUAGAUUUUGAAGAGAAUUUACAGAAUGAACAAUGUGAUAGAAGUUCUGAGAUAGAGGAGGCAUAUAUUUCUGACGAAGAAAAUGUAAUGUUUAAAAUGGAAAAUGAUAAAGUUUCUAAAUCUUUGUAUAAUGAACAACAAAAGUCUAAUAAUAAAGUUAUAACAUAUGAUGCGGACGAAGAUUGGCAAGAUGAAGAUAUUGAACAUCUUGAAGAAAUAGAUGAAGUAAUUAAUCAUGAAUCUGACUCUCAGCAUCAUCAUACAGAAUCAUCACAAAAUUAUAACUUUUUACAUGAAAAUGAAAGAUCUGGAGGAAAUCAAGGAAAAAAUUUUCCUUUACAAAGUCAUAAAACAGAUAUUAGGAAUAUUAUAGAAUCCGCUGCAAAGGUGGAUAAAUCUCAAUUGAAUAAAGAUUAUGGCAAUGAUACGCAUAAUAUCAAAAACAUUGAUAAUAAUUUCACCCAUGAAGUUAUAAAAAAUACUGAAAAUAAUUUAAUAUAUACUGUACUCGGUUCAAGAAAACCUACUCCUAUUACAAAACAGUCAGAAGAAAAAAAGUAUACUGAUGCACAUUACAUAAAGAUGGAACAGUUAAGUGAAAAUACAAUUCCAGUUGAAGGAACGAUUUAUUAUGAAGGUGAUAAUAUGGAAACAUUAUAUGUUGCGCAAGCAGUCGAUGAACAUGAACAAUAUCAAUAUGAAGCAGUUCCAAUGGAGCAGAAUGAACAAACAUGGGAUACGUCAAAUGAUGAUAGAAAUUCUGACAAUGAUGUUAAUCAAUAUCAGGAAGAAGAAAAUUCUCAGGAUCAAAUCUUUUUACAUGAGGAUGAAGAUGGUCAGCUAUAUUUUAAAGAUGAUCAUGGAGAAUUGCAACCAGUUUAUUUAACAGAAGAUGGAAAUUAUGCUAUUGCUGAUAAUAGUGAUGAUCAAGAUAGUAAGGAAUCACACAAUCAAUUGCAACAAAAUAAUAGAAUUUCUGAAGAAGCAUCUAUGAGUUUAACAGAAUCUAAAGCUAUUACUUCAAAGAAUAAACAGAAUACUGUUCCUUCAUCUUCUGCACUUCAAGAUCUUGAUAAUGAAGAUAAUACAGUAACAAUUUCUUUAAUAAUUUCGGAAGAUGAACAUGGACAAAAAAGAACUCAAGUUAUAAUACCUACAACAGAUAACAUGAAAUGUGAUAUUUGCAAUAAAAGUUUUAAAACAUCGUUUCAACUUUUAAGACACAAUAGAUUAAAGCAUGCAAGGGAAGAAGAUAUUACAACAAGAAACUUUCCUUGUGAUUUAUGUCCUAAAAGAUAUCCAGAUCAAAAUUCUUUGGCACGUCAUAGAAAAACUCAUACUGGUGAUCGACCAUUUCAAUGUCUUGAAUGUCAUAAAAAUUUCCCUACUUCUACUGCAUUACGUCGGCAUUUAACUCUUCACAAUUCACAAUCUCGGCCACUUCCUUGCAUUUAUUGUGGUCGUCGUUUCGUAGAGAAAGCUAGUUUAAUGAAACAUGAACAAUCACAUCUACCUGAUGAUCAAAGAACACAUACAUGUGAUGUGUGUCAGAAAACAUUUUUACAUGCGACAGAUUUAAGUUUACACAAAAAAUAUCAUGAUCCUGAUAAAAAGUUUGACUGUGAAGUAUGUGGUAGAGAAUUUAAUAGACUGAAUAAUUUACAAAGGCAUAUGAUGGUACAUCAACAGCAAGGGGCAAAUGAAGAAAUCUUGUCUUGUGAUGUAUGUGGAAUCACAUAUAAAUUUAUGAGCUCCUUAACGAGACAUAUGGUAACAACACAUAUGAACCCUGAAAAAUUAAGACAACAAGCAGAAGAGCAACGAAGAAAACGCGAAAAUAAUUAUCGACGUUAUUUGGAAAAUAGAAAAAUGUAUGAAACACAACAUUCGGGAGGAUACGGUUCGAAACGUAAUUAUCAUCAUAAUGCACGUAUACUUAGCGGAAAUAAUGACGAAGUGGCUUGACUUAAAUUUUUAAUAGUACAUUGAACGUAUGAAUGAAUGCAAUUUAAAAUUUAUUACUAUUAUUAAAAUAAUUAUGUUUAUUACGCACGGAUAGAGUUAUGAAUAAAUUCAUUCAUUCUCUGUUCAUUUUGCAUUCUAAUCCAUCUCUCAGGCAAUGUAUUAGUAAUAUGAUCCUUAUUGGAAGAUGUAUUUAAGGAGUUUUAUUAUUUAUCUCAUGCACCCCAUUUUUAAUUUUUAACUCAUUUUAUUAAUAAUUCGGUAAUAUGCAUUUAAUUUAUCAAACAAAUAAUGUUAGGUUUAAAAUAUUGACAAGAAUAUCUAUAAUAUCUAUAGAUAUAAAUAAAUAAAUAAAUAAAUAAAUAAAUAUAUAUAUAUAUAUAUGUAUAUAUAUAUAAAUAGUAUAAAUACAGUAAUAUGAUAUAGUCAUUGUAGAAUAAUGACUGCAUAAAUAAAUAUGUGAUAAGAAUAUAUAAUUUUAUUUAUUUCUGUAUUAACUUUAUAUAUAUUAAUAUUUAAUCUUUGCUUUAUAUUUAUUGAUUUAAUAUCUUAAGAGUUUUAAGUAUGCAUGUUUUAUAUCAGAUUCCAUAUAUCACUAGUAAUUCAUAGCUGUGUAUGUAUACAACUGUCAUACAAGAAACCAAAGUGAAGGAAGAUAUAUUUUCUUUUUUAUUAUCACAUCUACUCUUUGCGUAUAUUUAUAUAUUUUGAAUAUCUAUAAGGAAAUAAUUAUGGUAGUAAAAAAAUACUUUGUAUAAAAAAUAUUUUUAUCACUAUAUAUUGUAUAACAGUAGUGCUACAAUUUCUCCCACCUUAAAUAAACUAUUCUUUCAAUAAUUUUUUAUAUUUAAGAUAAUGUAAGAUAUGUAUAGCAAUAUACUAUAUUUUACUCGUUACUAAUGAUCACAUAUAUACAAAUAAUUGAUAACAAUCAAGCCUGUAUAAUUGUUCAAUCAAAUACGCUGUUGUAUAAACAAUUAUAUGAAUUAGAAAAUUUUAUUCUAUUAUUAUUGAUAAAUAGUAGGUUAUUCUAUGCAUAUAUAUUAUAUAUAUAUAUUGUUUAAAUAAAUCUAAAAUAAUUAAAAGAAUUAAUUACUUAUAAGAGAAAGCACAGACUACAAUAAAACUAUUAUGUUAAUUCAUCGAAAUUCAAUAAGAUUAAUUCUUUGUCACCGGCCUCCUUAUUUAUUAUUUAUAUAUAACGGUUAAUGCAACAAACUAACGAGUUUGAAAUUUUUACUUCAUAUUAUAUACCAUAUAUUUGACUUAAAGUACCGUAAUUGAACAAGCAUCAGAGACCUCUGUGAAAUGCAAUUCACCUAUUGCUAAGACUUAAUCAGUAACAGUAU